AAAGGGAGGAGCGCAGACAGGAGACUCUCUGGCUUGUCUGUCUGUUGGGCACCUGGGACACUGUCAUUGUGGUUCUCAUUAUAGUAUUUUUUUCUCUCCUUCUCUGAACCAGCGGACCAGUUGGGAGACCUUUUUUUCUCUCGCUGCCGUAUCAAUUAGGAACUGGGAUUGUUUCUGUGUAAUCUGCUCUGCUCUGGCUUGAACCGUUAUACACUGCGAUUGCUUCUUUGGUUUGUUCCUGCCUGUCUCUCGGCGUUCCGAUUCGGACACUUCCCAAAGUGCAUCUGUUAGUGCGCCGCUGAGGAUAUAUCCCGUGUCCAACAGGACAACAUAGAGCAGCUGGGAUAUCAGACUAUAGAGGAGCGAGAGAGUGAGCAACAGAGAGAGGCAGAUACAGAGAGUGUGAGAGAGAUUGAAGCCGAGGAGCGAGGUAAGCUAUAGGGAGACAGCGUAGAUAGAAAAGUGAUCUUUAUAUCCUCCUCCCUUUUUUUCUUGUUUUUCCUUUUUCUCCUCUACUACACUCUCCCGUGCCAGCAAUUUGUUCGCAGGACUGCCUAGAACCACUGCCACCUGCUCAUCUUCCUCCUCCUCCUUCCUCUCUUCUCACGCGUUACUCUCCGACGCCAGCCAGUGAGGGAAAGACAGGACACGCAGACAGGGCACGCAGCAGCGUCCGUUUUUUAAAAACUAUUGUGGGGAAUAUUUUUGAGAAACUGAAUGAGCAUCUGCCGAGCUCUACUCCAGGAGAUUUAACUAAAAGGCGUUGUCGGGCAGGAACUACCCCCACAGAGGCUACCCCUCUCCCAGCCGCUCUCCGUCAGACGAACCCUGCUUGCUCUCCAGAGGACCAGCAGUGAUUCAACACACCAGUGUGGACGGGGGAAAAUAAGGGACCUACAGUCAGAGAGCCAAGCCCCAGUACUACUAACGCUCGUCCAACCGCCUCCGCGCAACCAUUCCCUGCCACGGCGCUAAGGAUUCCAGCUAUAUGGGCAAGCGAUUGGAACAGCAACCAAUGUACCCUCAGUACACAUACUACUACCCCCACUACCUCCAGACCAAGCAGCCCUAUGCUCCACCCCCUCACCCCAUGGCUCCGCCUAGCCCCAGCCAUAACAGCUGCAGUCACGGCGGAUCCGAGCAGCUGAGUAAAACUAACCUGUACAUCCGAGGCCUGCCCCCGGGGACCACGGACCAGGAUCUCAUCAAGCUCUGCCAACCAUAUGGGAAAAUAGUGUCAACCAAGGCCAUCCUGGACAAGAACACCAACCAGUGCAAAGGAUAUGGCUUUGUGGACUUUGAUAGCCCGGCUGCAGCACAGAAGGCGGUGUCGUCUCUCAAAGCCACCGGGGUGCAGGCUCAAAUGGCCAAGCAACAGGAGCAGGACCCCACCAACCUGUACAUCUCCAACCUGCCCGUGUCCAUGGAUGAGCAGGAGCUGGAGAACAUGCUGAAGCCCUUCGGUCACGUCAUCUCCACGCGCAUCCUGAGGGACGCCAACGGGGUCAGCAGAGGGGUCGGCUUUGCCAGGAUGGAGUCGACGGAGAAAUGUGACGUUGUGAUACAGCAUUUCAACGGGAAAUACCUGAAAACCCCGCCGGGCAUUCCAGCCCCCAACGAGCCUUUGCUGUGCAAAUUCGCAGACGGAGGGCAGAAGAAACGCCAGAGCCAGAGCAAGUACCCACAGAACGGGCGGCCGUGGCACAGGGAAGGCGAGACUGGUAUGCAGUUAACAUAUGAUCCUGCUGCUAUGCAGAAUGGGUUCUACACCUCGCCUUACAGUAUCGCCACCAACCGCAUGAUCGCACAGACGUCCAUCACGCCCUUCAUCGCUGCUUCCCCCGUCUCCACAUAUCAGGUCCAGAGUACGUCAUGGAUGCCUCAUCAACAAUACGUUAUGCAGCCUACAGGUGCAGUGAUCACCCCAGCCAUGGACCACACCAUGUCCAUGCAGCCUGCCAACAUGAUGGGCCCACUCUCCCAGCAGAUGAACCAUCUGUCCCUGGGCACUACAGGAAGUUACAUGACUGCUGCGGCUGCCGGGGCGCCUAUGCAAGGGACCUACAUUCCUCAGUACACUCCUGUGCCUCAGACAGCCGUCCCCGUUGAAGGAGUGGUCACGGAUGCUUCUCCUCAGUCAGUGGCCCCCUCAUCGCAGGAUGUGAGUGGGCAGCAGCAGAUCCAGGUGGAUGGCUCAAGUGACCAUGUUACUGCUUACUCAUACCAGUCCAAAUAGCGACCGGCGCAGAGAAUAUUCCUGUGACAGCGUUGCCUUGAGACAGAGGGUUUGGCUGCACUGAGAAUGCGGAGAGAAGAGAGAUUGCUUCCAGAUUGCCCAGGCACCAAAAAAUAGACACUUUUUUCCAUUUCAUACCUGGAAGAGAGGAGGGGUGGGGGGGUGGAGUCGCUGGGUACAGUGCAAAGUGGUGAAAAUGUUUAGUCUGGGAACAUGCCUGGUGGGCUGGGCUUGAGCUUGAGUUGCUUCUUCAAGAAAUUUCUCAACUGAAAAAAAAAAAGUACAAAAAAUACAAAAACGAUUUGAAAUGUUGAAUGCGCAGGUAGGUGAUGAGAUUUAUUUUGUAAUUAGAAAAAGGGGAGUCAAAGUUUGAGAUACACAGAGAUUGUCUUCCUCAGAUGUUAAGCUACGAUUUCUUUUCACUCUUUUUUUUUUUUUUUCUCGUUGUAAAAUUUUAGUUUUCUAGAUAUAUUCGAAACAACUGUUUUUCUUUCUUGAAUCUUCAUGGCCUUAAUUUUAAGGGUGUCAGAGGACUUUUUACAGAGAGUUAAGUCUGGCGUCUCGUUGAAAAUAAAAAGCGAACUAAAUCAGUCUCUUGGACCACUGUGAUGGUACAAGAUACUGCAGGAGUUGAGCUAGAGAGAUAAAAAAAAAAGAUCUAUCACAUAAACUGUACAGAUUUAAUAGAGAAGAGUUUUUUUCUUUUCUUCAUUAGAAGAAAACUUUGAUAAAUAAUUAUGUCAGAGGUAACUGAGUGUUAGAGAAAAAACAAAAUGUCUGCCGAGGAAAAGAGGGGGAAAAGAUGAAGCUUUAGAAGAGAUUAUUCAGAAGUAGGAGAUAAAAAGACACUGCAUCGUAGAAAAGGCAGUCUGUUGCAAAAUGCUGAACUUGUUUUUUAUUAUCAUAAUUAUAUAAUUUUAUGGCAAGAUUGCUGUUGAUGACAUUAGCGCUUUUUUUAUCUGCAACAUUUGACCUUUUUUUUAAAUGAGCUUUCUGAUGUUUUUAGCCCGCUUUGCUUGUCACACUGCAACAAAACAAACAAAAAAAAAGAAGAAAAAAAGUCUAAAACAAACAAAUAAAAAGGUGGAAAAAAAUGCUUGCAGUGAUAAAACUUCGUAGAUAGCUUACAGCAGGAGCUUACGGUUUAAACCAAUCAGAGCAAAAGCAAUAGAAGAAAUUGUUGACAAUUUCUGUAGUCUUUCCUAGUUGUGGAUCAAAUGCAGCCCAAGGAUGGCCAUUUUUAUACCAAAGAUGAAGAGACGCUCUGAUCCAGAGUUUUUUAGUUUUUCAGUUUGAUUUUGUUGUUGAUGUUGUUAUUGUUGAUGUUGUUGUUGCUGUUGUCAUGGUUGUUUUUAAUUUGACCUUGAUGGCCGGACCAGUCUUUACUUUUCCUUCCUUCCUUCCGUUCCCGAUUUUUUUUUGGUUUAAGCUACCUUCCACGGUUGUCGAAACUACCACGCUGACAUCAGACAGUAUUUGGAUGUGUGACGCAACUAGUGGCAGACCGACCUAAUGUUCCUCUCCACCACUUCAAUUGUCUUUCCGUCUCUCAACUUGUCGUGUUCCACAGCGCUUUCGCCAGCCAUGCGGGCAUUCCACUAGUCAACAAUAGACAAAAGAGUAUAGGAAGAACUGUGGAAUGUUGCAGCCAGGUCCUACUUGGUCAUUUAUGCAUCGCUUAUGGCUUUUUUUGGCUCACUGAUUUCUGUCUCUACGCUGUCUCUUUUAUCUCAUUGAAUCAAUGAUAACUGAAUGAAACUGAUUUUAAAAAAUUAUUCCCUCCCAGAGAGUCUCAUCAAUGUUGCCCCACAUUUUAUUCUCUCUCCGGUUAUACAAACAACAAACACCAAAACGGAAUGUGUUGACGUAAAACAUGUCCUGCUCCCCUAGGCGCUAUGUCCUUAGUAGUGCUGAGCAAUUAACUGAAAUGUAGGUGAAUUUUUUGUUUUUUAAACAACUAAUUGGUGAAAUGAUUUGAAUUCCAUUUUGUUUCGUUUUUUCCCCCCGUGAGCUCAAUGCGCACAUUUACCUAGAGAUAAAUCGAAUCUAGCCUGAACUGUGCGAUGAAAUAGGGAUUGGAAUUUCCAACAGGCCAAUAUUCUACAUAGUUAAGCGCAUAAAAUGUGGUAGUUAACUACAAUGACCAUAAUCCAUUGCACAUCUACUACUCCAGUCUGUUUCUUUUACGCCUGCUAGGGAAGAGAGAUGAAUGUGCAAUCGUGAAGUGAUAUAGAGAGCAGCUGUUGCUUUGUGAGUUAGCUCUUGCUGAAAAUACAUUAUCUAAGUGAUUGAUAGUUGGUAUUUAGCGCUCGUAAAAUUAUGCCAUAUUUACUUUGAAGAACUAUAUAAUAGGGUAUAGGCAGCAGCUCUAUAGAGACGAGAUGAUGACUUGAAAUGAAACAAUAGUCAUCAAAUAAAGCAAAUGUAAUGUACACAACUGAAAUAUGUUAUUAUACUAAAGUAAUGUGAAUAAAUUAUGGUUUGAUUCAUUAGGAUCCCCAUUAGCCGACGCAAAUGGCAACAGCUCGUCGAAAAAUACGUUACAGACAAAAAAGACUUUCCAAUUUACAUGUCAGUACAUACACACAAGUAGGUCACAUGGGUUAAUUAAGCAAUACGACACGAGGAGGUGUGGUAUAUGGCCAAUAUACCAUGGCUAAGGCCUGUUCUUAAUCACGAUGCAACGUGGAGUGCCUGGAUACAGCCCUUAGCUGUGGUACAGUGCAUUCGGAAAGUAUUCAGACCCCUUGACUUUUAGCAAAUUUUGUUACGUUACAGCCUUAUUCUAAAAUGGAUAAAAUAAAAUAUCAUCAAUCUACACACAAUACCCUAAACUGACAAAGUGAAAACAGGUUUUUAGACAUUUUUGCAAAUGUAUUAAAAAUAAAAAACAGCGCUAGCUUAUUUACAUAAGUAUUCAGACCUUUUGCUAUGAGACUCGAAAUUGAGCUCAGGUGCAUCUUGCUUCCAUUGAUCAUCCUUGAGAUGUUUCUACAACUUGAUUGGAGUCACGUGGUAAAUUCAAUUGAUUUGACAUGAUUUGGAAAAGCACACACCUGUCUAUAUAAGGUCCCACAGCUGACAGUGCAUGUCAGAGCAAAAACCAAGCCUUGAGGUUGAAGGAAUUGUCCGUUGAGUCCCGAGACAGGAUUGUGUCGAGGCACAGAUCUGGGCAAAGGUACCAGAACUUCUGUCUUUUUCUGCAGCAUUGAAGGUCCCCAAGAACACAUUGGCCUCCAUCAUUCUUUAAUGGAAAAAGUUUGGAACCAUCAAGACUCUUCUAGAGCUGACCACCCGGCCAAACUGAGUAAUCGGGGGAGAAGGACCUUGGUCAAGAAGGUGACCAUGAACCCGAUGGUCACCCUGACAGAGUUCUAGAGUUCCUCUGCUGAGAUGGGAGAACCUUCCAGAAGAACAACCAUCUCUGCAGCACUCCACCAAUCAGGUCUUUAUGGUAGAGUUGCCAGAAGGAGGCAACUCCUCAGUAAAAGCACAUGAUAGCCCUCUUGGAGUUUGCCAAAAGGUACCUAAAGGACUCAGACCAUGAGAAACAAGAUUCUCCGGUCUGAUGAAACCAACUCUUUGAACUCUUUGUCCUGAAUGCCAAGCGUCACGUCUGGAGGAAACCAGGCACCAUCCCUAUGGUGAAGCAUGGUGGUGGCAGCAUCAUGCUGUGGGUUUGUUUUUCAGCAGAAGGGACUGGGAGACUAGUCAGGAUAGAGGGAAAGAUGAACGGAGCAAAGUACAGAGAGAUCCUUGAUGAAAACCUGCUCCAGAGUGCUCAGAACCUCUGACUGGGGCGAAGGUACACCUUCCAACAGGACAAUGACCCUAAGCACACAGACAAGACAACGCAGGAGAGCUUCGGGACAAGUCUGUGAAUGUACUUGAGUGGCCCAGCCAGAGCCCAGACUUGAACUCGAUCAAACAUCUGUUGAGAGACCCUUAAAAUAUAUGUGCAGAGACGCUCCCCAUCCAACCUCACAGAGUUUGAGAGGAUCUGCAGAAAAGAAUAGGAGAAACUCCCCAAAUACAGGUGGGUCAAGCUUGUAGCGUCAUACCCAAGAAGACUCGAGGCUGUAAUCGCUGCCAAAGGUGCUUUAACAAAGUACUGAGUAAAGGGUCUGAAUACUUAUGUAAAUGUGAUAGUUCAGUUUGUUGUAAUUUUAUACAUUUGCUAGCAUUUCUAAAAACCUGUUUUUGCUUUGUCGUUAUGGGGUAUUAUGUGAAGAUUAAUGAGGAAAAAUAACAAUUUAAUCAAUUUUAGAAUAAGGCUGUAACGUAACAAAAUGUGGAAAAGUCAAGGGGUCUGAAAACCUUCCGAAUGCACUGUAUAUUGGCCAAUACCAAAAACCCCCGAGGUGCCUUAUUGCUGUUGUAAACUGGUUAGCAAGAUAAUUAGAGCAGUAAAAAUAAAUGUUUUGUCAUACCCGUGAUUUACGGUCUGAUAUACCACAGCUGUCAGCCAAUCAGCAUUCAGGGGUCGAACCAUCCAGUUUAUAAUAAGUGAUAAGCAGUAAUGUGUAGUCAUUACCAUCAUUGGACUUUUAGUAAUUGUAUUAUUCUGUGUUGUUACAGCAUUCAACCCACAUAAUUCAGAGUGCAUUUGAUGUUUUAAAAAAAUAUCAAAAUUGUACACCGUGAUUUUAGUCGUUUUUAUAAUCGACCCAAAACCAAGCCGACCUCAAAAAGCACUAAUCGCUCAGCACUAUUAGGACAGGCACUAAAUUCAAGACUAGCAUUGACUCGUUAGCCUCUGGUGUGCUUCUUUGUUUACCAUCUGAACGUUGAACAUACCGAAGUAACAUAUGGAAGCAUACAGUAGUGUUAUCGGCAAACGUUAUUUCUCUUCAAGAUCCAUCUGAUAAUGAACCCUAUUAGAUUCCAUUUUUAUGGGCUGGAUAAACACUACUGUACUCAGACCUAAGGGGUUCUUUUCCAGCCAGAAUAGUACACUACAAUAUGUUGACGGUAACCUUUCAACCAAGCCUAAAAAGCCUCUGUUGACAGCCUUUUAUCCCCAAUUAGCCUCUUUAGCCUGUAAACAUCUCCGCCUCACCUCUUUCAGCCUCCCAUCAAUACCAUAUCCAUUGCCAUUAGAGAUUUUUUUCAAUGACUUCAUCUCCGAAGAUUGUCCCAUAAUAAAUAGGCUGUGUCUGUGGGAUGGCAGGCACGCCAUUUCCAUUAAAGUGCCCUGUUCUGGAGCACUGUGUGUCUCUGUCCCCAUUAUGGUACCCUGUUGGAGUGGCUGAGUGUCUGGCUGUGUCUGAAAUGGCGUCCUAUUCCAUAUAUAGUGCACUACAUUUGACCAGGUCACAAAAGGGCUCUGGUCAAAAGUAGUGCACUAUAUAGGGAAUAGGGUGCCAUUCCUGACGCAGCCUCUGUGUCCCUGUAUGCCUGCCCGCUGUGGUGUUAGAGCCCUAAAAAGCCUCCUGUUUUUCAGUGCUCUUUGUGCACCGCUGGCACCACUAAUGUGACUAGGCUUCACUCGCUCUCCUCUCGCUCUCUCUCUGUGAGGUUUUCCCUCUUUAUUGGACAGUGCAGGAGCUGAACCACAAACCAAUUUUAGUCACAUUCUCAAUGAGUCUUGACGGGGCCCAAUUUGUCUCCCCUCGGGGCAUUGGGAUCCACUCCAGUGUCUCUCAAAGCCCCUUUCGAGAAAAGAGGGUUUUUUGUGUUCUUUUUUUUGUUAACAAUUGCCCAUAUUGAGAUCCAGCAGUUCAUGUGACUCAAAGGCAGGCUGUGCAUUGCAUUCUGGGAAAGAGGGCAGUGACAUCAUAGGUCAGCUAUGACAUCACACAUAGCAAUGUCUGUAACAAUGUCAUUGUUUAUCGAGUGCCUUUAACGAAGCUUCCAAAUGAUUCCAAUAUCUACAGGAUAGAAAAAAAGCACAUGGAAAAGCUAUCUUAUAUAAGGGAACCGUAGAUUUUUUUUUAACAGGUUGUGCUAAUGAAAAUACUAGAAAUGUACAACCUACUCUAAGGUGCUGCAGUGGAAGCUGUCUUGGGCAUGUGCCUGCUUUGUGUCCAUUGGUCUGUGAGGCACUGGCCAUUCUUGAUCAUUUGAUCAACAUGAAUUUACUACAAUUGCUCUUCCUAUUGGGUUGUGCUUUUUAAAACCAAGUGAAAGCAGGCACAUAGUGAACUAGGUAGUUUGUCGUUUUUUGUUGCUGUUGAACUAAGUGAAACCAGGCACAUAGUGAACUACAUAGUCUACAUCGUGGGCUGGCAUCACGGCCGCCAUAUUGUUCUUGUCAGAAGCACAAGCAAUAAAACCAGAGAAAACAUAACCAUUCAACAUUUUGUUGUCCCAUAAAACGUUCACCCCUCAUGUCUUCCAUCCAAUGACAGGUCAAUGAUCAAAUGUUACUGUACCAAUUUACCAACACCAGAGCUACUCAGCUGCUCACUGUCCCACACAUCUCUCCCUUUCCUCUUUACACUCAUCCUGUCACUCCCCCUCAUCUUUUGCUUUCCGAUUACAGAAAACUUUGAUUACAAGAUAAUCGUAACUCUGGAGUGUAGGCUAUACGCGCCAAAUGUUUUUGCUGUGUUCUUUUUUUUUCCUUCCCUGCCACGCGUGAGCAGGUUAGCUGCUACAGUAUGAGGUGUCCAGAUCUUAAGCUAGACCGUCGGUCGAGGUGGCUGUUUGUUCCUCAACCUCUAUGGUGUUCAAACUGUAACUGCAGCUAGGUUCUCUGCAUCAUAAACCACUCUUACAGCUGCUACUUUAAGAGACAGAAUAAAGAAGAAACCUUUGAUUAACGGUAGGAAUCUGACCGCAAUCACCUUUGAUGACAAAGCUCAAUGCUCCACAAAUAUCGGCACCUUCUACGAUUCAAUAGUAAGCGACGUAAAAGGAAAUGCGUUUUACAGAUAGAGCUUACGAGAAUCGCGCGCGCUCCAAAUUCAAGAUUCAAGAAAGACAUAACGUUGAAGUGAGUAGAGGUUUGCCUCGAUUGGGGAAGAGAAAUAUCAUUGUGAAUCUUUCGUCACCAGUCAGGGGUCAUUACAUCAUUGAAAUGGCAUUAUCAUGGCUGACUCAACUUCUGUCUUUUUCUACACUAGUUGUAGCACAAUGGCACACCUGGCCUGGUAAAAAAUGCCACUCCGUUCCGUUUCAGCGGGGUACAGUUAAGGAAUCUAUUUUGGUGGAGGAUAGCGCAGAUAGCUAGCUAGCCUAUGUCUCAGCACAAGCCACAGCCAGAUAGGGUCGUUAGCUCCUGUUGCCAGGCAGAAGUUGUCAAAGCGCAGAGUGUUGAGCACCACCUCAUGCAGCACUGUGAGAGCGACUCAGUUCAGUCCGUCUGUCCAUCAGCUGGACCUCACACUCGCACUGAGAGGAGAAAGUUACUGAUUGGAAGCAUGCUCAACCACAGACAGACAGACAGACAGACAGACACACACAGAGUGUGUUAGUCUUCUCAUUAUCUGUUCAUCAGAGUAAGGUUAUCACUGAGAGACUAAACCUCUGUUCUCCAUUGCUUACUAUCAUAGAGUCUCACUUAUCUAGGUAGGCUCUAAGGGGGCCACUCCUAACUUCCACUUAAGUAAAAUGUUCACUUAGUCUCCCGUUGACAUCAACGCAUCACUGACUAAAACACUGACUGUUAGCGGAAGUUAGGAUUCGCCCCUGUGUCUUUGGUAUCAGGACAGCAGUGUUCCGCUUCGGUCUACUGUAUCUAUCCAAGUUGGGUUACAGAGGUGCUUCAGUUCACUGCCUUUUUCUCUUUACACCGUCCACUUCUCCAAUCCGUCCCGUGUUGUGUCCGUCUCACUGCCUCCGUCCAGAUAGCAAGCCAGUCGGUAAUAUCUAUCUACCAUAUUUCUAGUACUAGGAACAUAAUUCACCGCAAUGGCGUUCCAAGUUGUUCAACGUCAUACCCCAUUGUCAUAGGUUUCUUGUGAAUUCCCCCAUUGUGACUAGACAGUGGUUUAGAAAAGACAGGCCCCCGUGUCUGAAAUGGCACCCUAUUCUUAUAUGGAUGAUAUUGUGUCCUAUAUUGGCACCCUAUUCCCCAUGCAGUGCACUACUGCACUGUGUGUUAAGACAAACAGUGUCUCAGAGUUAGGCCUCACCUCACCAUAACGUCUCCCACAGUGAAGUUUGACAGAAGCGCUCCGGGCUCGAUAUAACUCAACACUCUUUCAGCUCUUACCGCCACGUAAUUCAGUGGGGAAAUUGCUCAAACGCCCACACAAAAAAUGUGGCCCACUCUUUUAAUUGAUGCUCCGGUUCACCUUUGACGGGAGCCAUCGAUUGGCCACACAUCCCCAGGAGCUCAGCCAACCAGCUAACCUAACACACACCUUUCCCGGAAUGAAAUGGCUCCCAGAGACAUCAAACACUAUUGAGUAACAAUCAUUAGAAAUGGCCAACCAAAUUUGCUAGAGAAACCUACAGAACUUGCAUUAGGCGUCAGGAGUAUUAUUAAAAAAUAAAAUAAAAAAGGAAUAUUUAUUAGGACAGUAGAGCGGUUCUUUGAUGUUUUUGUUUAGUUCUGUUUUUUGUUUUUUUUCUAUUUGGGGGGGGGGGGGGGGGUAAAGCGCAAAGGAGGACGUGGUCAUGCCUCACUCACGCCACUCAGUGUGUGUGAUCCUUGAGAAAUAUCUGUACAUCUGUGGAUGUUAAGAUUAAACUUCAAUUUUAAUGAGUUGUUUUUUUUCUCCGAUGAAGCUUUCAAUAAAAAAAUGUGUAAAAAAAUCACAUGCCUUAUUAUUUUA